GGAAAUGACGACAAUGUUUCAAACCAGCCUGAACGCAAUUGAAAUUAUUUCUUGUGGUUCAACUAUGGAUGACUUCUCUAGGGAGAUCGACUGUUUCGAGUACCCGCGACUUAGAGUUUUACACGAUGUAGACAGCUCAGACCCCUCCCGUUAUGAUUCAGAUGAACCUACGGGGACUUUGCCAAUCUUCCGACACGUCCGAACGCUUGUUCAGCCAAUCGAUGAUGGGCAACAUUUUUGGAGAUGGACUUUAGAGAAAUGCACUUUAGAUCGUACUCCGACCCAACACUGGACACGUCAUUGGAAGCCACCUAAACUUCAACUUUUGAUCUUUACCACACCGCGCAAGAAAAAUUACACGAUAUUGAGUGCUAAACUGGUUGCAACUUUGGAGUCACAUGGGAUUCGUUGUCGUUACAUUCCCGGAAUAAAACCUAAUGAAAUCUUGGAUUUGGAUUUGGAGUUGAAUGGACCGGUGGAAUGAGUUGAUGUACUUGCUGUAUAAAAUAAUAUCAUCUAUACUGCUAUAAUCUCGUUCUGUGAACUAGUACCUUUGUCAUAGAAGAAUGUAUGGAACACGUAUCAUAUUCGCUUGUAUUAUUGUAGUUACUAUGCUCUAGAUAGCUUAUACAUAGGGGACUAUCGUCAUAGAUCAUAGUACCACAAUGAUUUAGCU